AUGAAAUUCCUCAACCGUCUAAUCCAUCCGAGCUCAAACGCCAGCUCCUCCACUGCGACAGGCGCACCCAACCCAGCCGACAAUAAUGCGCGCCCCCAUAUUCACCGAACACCCAGCGCAAGCUCCACCAAACGAUACCACGACCGCAGCGCCGAAGAACGCACAUCCCGCCAUCUAAUACUCGUGUCAGACACGCAAAACGUCAGCUCGCAGCUCGUCCACCCCUUCCAGGCCGAGGGAUUCGACGUCACGCACCUCCCGUUUGGGGGAUGUGGUGAUCUCGAGCGGGACCGCAAGGCAUUGGAGAAUCUCGUGCAUGAGAAGGAGGAUGAGUUGGAGACGGGGGAGAGGUAUGCGAUUGUUGCAUAUCACCGUCCUGCAUAUCUCCUCCUUGAAUCGCACCAUCUGAGCGCCAGUAAUACGAAUCCGUUUCCUCGACUAUGCGCGCUGAUUGCCUAUUAUCCUCUCCUAUCACCCAAAUCCAACCCCACUGCUGGAAACACGGGCGUUCAUGGACAUGAGACAAGCCAAUCCCCAGAACAAGAUGAUAACGAAGAGGGUGAUAAUCAACCGGCCUGCAUGAAAACAGACACCAUAUUCUCCCCCGAAACAAAAGCAACCUAUCUCCCCAUCCAGAUCCACUUCGCGGGUCGCCGUCAUUCAGAAUUCAACAACGGUGGAUGUUCAUGGCCGUGGAUAAGCGCCGGUCCUGAAGGAGACGUCACCUAUAAGAAGCGGCAUCGAUGCUACGUAUUCGACUACCCAGAAGCAGGAUCAGGGCCUGCCUUAGACAAUGGCUUGGAUGACGACGCGAUUCACUCGCGGCUGGCCUGGAGCCUAGGUGCCGGCCAGAUUGUUGAUGAGGUGCAGGUUUCAUUCCGCCACAUCGCAGAGAUCCCGUGGCUGCUACCGGGCGUGGCGCCGACGGAUCGCGAUGUGCAGAUGGUGAUUGUCGUUGUGGUGAGUUUCUGUGCCGGUAGUAUUGCGAGCCAGAAGGUGUAUUGGGACCAGGCGAGCGUGCUUGUGCAGGUUGGGCUGUUGGAUGGGGGUUUGGUGCCCAGAAUGAAUUGA